GGUAGUGCUCAGGGCUUUCUGGGUGAGCACCAGUGGAGGGAGCCCCAACUAAAAUGGCCAGUGUGUGACCAAUGAGCAUCUCAGAGGGACAAGACAGUCACUUCCUCCCAGCUGCCCACAUCUCUUCUUUAAAAAGCACGGCUCCGUCCACAGGAGGGACAUUCAGGCAUCUGCCGUUGGUCACCACAGAGCCCGGGAGGAGCCGAGACAUGGAUUCCACCAGCAACAUCUCCGAUGACUACAGCAACUAUGAUUACCCCAGUGGGACCUAUAACCCUGACAUGCCUGUGGAUGGUCCCAUCGUUGAGCGGUUUCAUCAUGAAGAUAUUGCAGCCCUGCUCAUCUUCUCGGCUGUGUUCCUGGUGGGAAUCCCUGGGAACAUCCUGGUGGUGUGGGUGACAGCAUCCGAGGCCAGACGUACCAUCAAUGCCAUCUGGUUCCUGAAUCUGGCGGUGGCCGACCUCCUCUCCUGCUUGGCACUGCCUGUCCUAUUCAUGGCCAUCAUAAAACACGACCAUUGGCCUUUCAGCCACCAGGCCUGUACGGUCCUGCCCUCACUCAUUCUGCUUAACAUGUAUGCCAGUAUCCUGCUGCUGGCCACCAUUAGCGCUGACCGCUUCCUGCUGGUAUUCAACCCCAUCUGGUGUCAGAGGGUCCGGGGGCCCGGCCUGGCGUGGAUGGCCUGUGGAGUGGCCUGGGUCUUAGCGCUACUCCUCACCAUCCCAUCCUUCAUAUUCCGUCAGGUGUACCAAGACCCCUUCUCCGAUAAGUUGAUGUGUGGCAUUGACUACGGGAAGGGUGGCAUCCACAAGGAGAGGACGGUGGCCAUGAUGCGCCUGCUACUGGGCUUUGUGUGGCCUCUGCUCACUCUCAGUAUCUGCUACACCUUCCUCCUGGUACGAACCUGGAGUCGCAGGGCCACACGCUCCACCAAGACGCUCAAGGUGGUGGUGGCCGUGGUGGCCUGUUUCUUCGUCUUCUGGCUGCCUUACCAGGUGACAGGGAUGAUGAUUGCCUGGCUUCCCCAGUCCUCGCCCACCUUCGUGAAGGUGCAGAGGCUGAACGCCUUCUGUGUGUCCCUGGCCUACAUCAACUGCUGUGUCAACCCUAUCAUCUAUGUCGUGGCUGGCCGGGGCUUCCAAGGGCGGCUUCUCAGGUCACUCCCCAGCAUCAUCCGAAACGCCCUCUCAGAGGACUCGGUGGUCAGGGACAGCAAGUCUUUCACUCGCUCCACGGUGGACACCUUGACCCAGAAGAGUCAAGCGGUGUAGAGGAGACGCCACCCUCUUCCUCCUUCUCUCCUUCCUCUGCCUCCGUUCUUGUUUUCCUUUCCUCCUCCCUCUCCUGCUCCCUCCCUUCCUCCCUCCCCUCUGCAUGUUUAAAUUCAUGAGACUCUUUCUAAGUCGCCCUGGCUAGCCUUGAACUCAGGAUCCUCCCAGAUGCUGGGAUUACAGGCACGAAUUCCUUUGAAGAAAACCAUCACAUUAAGGUGUUACUUGGCUUUCGUUUCUAAGGGAGACCUUUGCUGUGCUGUCCACUCUGCAGUGGCCGGGCAGAUACUCGUGUAAUAAUGGUGACUUCCGGGGACAGCGUAAGCAGAGAACAAGAGAAUUUCAUGUUAUUCGUCACUGUCAUUUGUAACAAGAGGGUCUUUGUCCCGGCGGGUCCUGCUGGUCUUCAGCCCCAAAUGAACACACGGAUGCUAUGUUAGUUAUAAAACUGUUGGCUGGUGGCUCGGGCUUCUUACUGGCUAGCUCUGUCUUAAUUAUUAACCCAUUUCCAUAAACCUAUGUAUUUCCAUGUGGGUCUUGGCUUACCGGAGAAAUGCCCAGCACGUCCUGUCUUCCCGGGCUCUACAUGACGACUCUGGCUGCCUAUGUUUCCCAGAAUUCUCCGUGUCUCCUAGUCUCACCUAUCUUCCUGCCUCAUUGGCCAAAUAGUGUUUCAUUCAUUAACCAAUAAGAGAAACAUAUAUAUAGGACAACCCCCAUCAGUU